GGCCGCUUCCAAACAGGAACUCAAAGCAAAGAACCAACCAAUCAAUGGCCGAUGGCUAAUCUUACAGACGCUUACAGGAAUAGCCACGCCAUAGCCAAUCGCGAAGCCUUUCGGCUUUUGCCGCCAGCAAGGGCCCAGAAGCUUUCAUAUCCAACCAUUCCCACUUCCUUCUCUCCACGCGCUUUUCCCCGCUCAAAAUGCUCUCCCUCCACACGUUUCCGAAUGCCACUCUCUGGCAUUCCACUUUCUCUUCUUCUUCGACGACUUUUACUCGCCUGGGCUCAACCAGGGUCAAAAUGUCGUCGGAAUUGCUUCCAAUCCCCGAAAAUCGCGUCGUCGUCAGCGUCGGUGCGGCGGGGGUGGACUUCUUGGCGGCGGUGGCGGCUUAUCCUAAGCCGGACGACAAGAUCAGAAGCACCAGCUUGAUGGUCCAAGGUGGUGGAAAUGCAGGGAAUACUUUGACUUGCGCGUCUCGCUUGGGAUUAAGUCCAAGGCUAGUUUCAAAGGUUGCUGAUGAUUCACAAGGCAAGACUAUACUGAAAGAGCUAGAAGCUGAUGGCGUGGAUACUUCUUUUCUUGUGGUUGCUGAGGGCGGUAAUUCACCAUUUACCUAUAUCAUUGUUGAUGACCAAACUAAAACUCGCACUUGUAUUCACACCCCGGGAUAUCCUCCUAUGCAACCUGAGGAGCUUUCCUCGUCAACUUUAGUGUCUCUAUUAGAUGGUGCAAGAAUUGUAUACUUUGAUGGACGCUGGCAUGAAACUGCUUUAGUUGUUGCAAAGGAGAAAAGGAUGAAUUCCCGGGAAUAUCACAGCAUCAAUGGGCUUCUUCUUCUGCAGGCAAUUAGGAAGAAUAUACCUAUUCUUGUUGAAGCAGAAAGAGUAAGAGAAGGGCAGGAUGAUCUUCUGGAAUUGGCUGAUUAUGCUGUUUGCUCAGCAAAAUUCCCACUGGCAUGGACAGGAGCACCUUCUGUUCCAAGUGCACUGGUUUCCAUGCUUUUGAGAUUGCCAAAACUGAAAUUUGUGAUUGUGACUCUAGGAGAAGAUGGAUGCCUAAUGCUUGAGAGAAGUGUAGAAGAGCAUCCCCAGGAAGAGGAAAUUGAUGUAGACAGGUUACUAGAAUUGUUGAAGCAGAAAAAGGAUGACCAGCCAACCUUCCCGACUUACAUUUCAUCGUCAGUGGCAAAAUUAAGAGCUAAUGGGAUCGGAACAGUGACUGGGAGGCUGCUUGUGGGAACGGCUGAGAAGAUUCCACCCUCAGAAGUCAUUGAUUCAACCGGUGCUGGUGAUGCAUUCAUCGGAGCAGUUCUAUAUUCUAUCUGCGCCAACAUGCCAGUGGAGAAAAUGUUGCCUUUCGCUGCUCUAGUGGCAGCUGCUUGCUGUAGAGCCAUGGGAGCUCGGAGCGGACUUCCUCAACGCACCGAUCCACGCCUCGCAUCAUUUUUAUCCCGAGGCGACCCAUCAUUGGUGAAGUGAAUAACUAAGAAACGUGGACCUCACUGCUGACGGUGCUUUUAUACUGAAAUAAAAACAAUUCAGCUUCAGCUUUAGCAAUUUGUUUUACCAUAUUUAUAUGUACGAGUUAUUUUAGAUAUAUUGAAAUAAAAAUAAUCUUUUUUGUA